AUGCCUGUUACAACUCGUGCUGCUGCAUUACGGUCUCAGAUCGCUGAAGAAACAACAUCGUCUAUGAAACAAGUAACAACCAAUAAAUCAAUUCGAAGAUGUCCAUCAGAAAUUAAAAAAAAAAAACUUAAGGUACAGUCAUCUGAAAUUUCUACAGAAUCUGAAAAACAUUCCUCAGUCGUACAACAACUAGCAGUUCCACAGAUUGAAUCUGCAACUGAAAUUAAUGAUCAUCGUGAUCAUGAAAAUAAAAGAUUAAUUGAAGAAAUUGAUAUAUCAAUUGAAAAUUUAUGUAUUGAUGAAGUACUAACAUUAUCAACAGCAUCUGAAAAUAAAAUAGCUGAACAGCAAAUAAAUAAACAAUUAGGGUCAUCUCAUUCUGAUGAUCAUCAAUCAACAAUUUUGUCAUCAUCAUCAGUAGCGUCGUCUGUUAUGAAAUCACCAACAUUGACAGUAGAAAAGGUAAAAAUUGAUUAUUCUCUUUUAUCAACGGAAUCAUCGGAUAAGGAUGAAGAUGGUAUUUAUCUUGGUGAUUCAAAUGCUAUUAUGAAUAAACCAGUGAAGAAUGGAGAGAUUACUAGUGGCACAUCAACUCGAGGUGGUAAAAUGAUUUAUAUGAAUGAUUUUGGAUAUUUAUUUCUGAAUGAAACAAAGAAUGCUGUUGGUUGGAGGUGUGCGCGGAGAGAUUUAAAUUGUAAAGCAGUAAUUUACACACUCAAAAAUACACAAGAAUUUAGUCAUUGGAACGGACAAGUUCAUAGUCAUUUACGUGAUGCAGAAUCUGGUUUAUACAAAUUGCGUCGGAAAAGGUAUCCACCAAUACCGACUGAUCAAAAGUUUAUAAUUCCACCCGUCUAUCAAGAAACAUAUUCUAAUUCAAGAUUUUUAAUUUAUGAUAAAAGAAAAACUGUUUAUGGUGGUCGUUUAUUAAUUUUUGCAUCAGAUGACCAAUUAAAUGUAUUGUUCCAUUCUGAAGUACUUUUUGCUGAUGGAACAUUUAAAGUGUCCCCAACAUUAUUCGAACAACUUUAUGUUUUGCAUGGCUUACAGAACGGAGAGGUUUUGCCGGUUUGUUUUAUUCUUACAUCAAACAGAAAGCAUGAUACGUACGCAGCAAUCUUCAGAUCUUUAAAAAGAAUUGGAUUAAAAAUGGGUUUUGAUUUAAAACCAUUGAGUAUCAUAUGUGAUUUUGAACAAUCAUUCAUGAAUGCAGUAACUAAUGAGUUACCACAAACUAUUGUUACCGGCUGCUGGUUCCACUUUUGUCAGUCUUGUUAUAGGAACAUUCAGAAGCUCGGUAUGAUGAACUUGUACGAGGAUGAUGCUGAAUCGAGAGAGUUAUUACGUGGCUUUAUGGGUCUUGCUUUACUUCCUAUUGAUCGUAUUUAUGAAGGAUAUGAAAUUCUAAAACAAAGAGUAACAACUUCAUCUCAAGCAAAACAAUUAAAUGCAUUUGUUUCCUAUUUUGAGCAUGAAUGGAUGCACGUUUUUAAACCUUCAACGUGGUCUGUUAACAAAAGUACGUGGCGAACAAAUAAUCAUGCUGAAGCACAAAAUAAACGUAUACUGACACGUGUUGUACAGCCGCAUCCACACUUGUGGCGAUUUAUCCAAUGCCUAAAGCAGGAGGAAAGUGUGAUAUCUCAUCGCAUGGUGCAAACUGGAUUAGGAUUUUCUUCUAUUCGAGAAAAAAAAUCGACACGUAAAGCAGCUCGUAAAAGUAAACAAAUUCAAAAGUUGUUGCAAUUAUUAGAGUCAAAAGGAAGAUCAUUGGAUGAUACAAUCAAGUCUUUUGCUCAUCUUGUUGGCGAACCUGUUUGUCGAGGAAGAAAGGGAAAGAAGAAAAAAAACAAUGUUUCUACAUCAGAUUUAUCAAUUCUCUCGCCAGAUGAUUAUUAA